UUGACAUCAAGAAGAAGCAUUUGCUGAAAGGGUACCAAACGCCGCGGUUGGUGUGAUAGUUUUUAUUUUAGUUUUUAAGUUUUAAAGAAAUUAAUGCCGGUGUCGGUAUUUUAUACUAAGGCACAGCAUUAAAAACGUAACUAGUUCCAGAGGCAUCUACGGUGUUAUAUUAGCAACGCAACAACAAAUCGCUUUACUACAAACCGAGUGCAUUCACGAAUAGAAUAGCGCCAAAUUAAAAUCUUGCAACAGCCACCGGCGUUCGUCUCAUACCUUCACAAUCGGCUACCUCAUCCAAAAGUAUGGGUCGGAGUCCAUCCCCAUCACAUCGGCGACGUGAAAAAGAGCGAUCCGAGCGUAAAAAGCGGCGUGAACGACGUUCCCGUGAGCGAGAACGCCAGCGGGAACACGAAUCGGGUGCUGGCAGUAGCAGCCGUGCAUUGCGUCGACGUUCACAUGACAGAGGCGGCGGUGGCGGAGGGGAUCGCGACCGGAGCCGCAGCCGUGAGCGAGAAAGAAGCCGACGGCGUUCGAGGUCCCGUUCUCGUGAUCAUCCAUCUACCUCAGCCUCAACAUCAUCAGGACGACGGGGCCGCGCUGCUGAACGUCCCAAAAUCACAGAAGCUGAUUUGGAGGGUAAAUCGGCUGAAGAGGUUGAAAUGUUAAAAACAAUGGGUUUCUGCACGUUCGACACCACUAAAAAUAAGAAAGUCGAAGGAAACGAUGUCGGAGAAGUGCAUGUAAUCUUAAAGCGCAAAUAUCGUCAAUACAUGAAUCGCAAGGGUGGCUUCAAUAGGCCGCUGGACUUUGUGGCAUAGCGUGGUAUCGUGGCGCAUAAGACGUGUUUACAUAGCCGUGCACUGCACACAAUCAAAUUGACGAUAUGUCGUUGUACACUUUUGUACUAAGUUUUUUAUUAUUACUAUUUUUUUCUCAGUAGUGCGCCCGCUGCAGUGUUUGACACUCAAGGCUGCAGCGGCGCGCAGACAAUCCUGCAAUUUUAUGCAAUAGACCGGUUUACAAAAUUCAAUUUUCAAAAUUUCCACCACAUAUACCUCAUUAAUAUUUUAAAUAUUAAACCUUCUAUAUUAACUUCCUGUUUAAGUUUUGCCAUAGUAUGUAAGAGCCACAAUCAAUGUUAUGAGUGUUAAGGGUUGAAAUGCUGCUUGAAGUUUGGGAGUAUAGAAAAAAUCCAGAAGAUUUUAAUUUCUUGACUUCUAUUUUCUUUGUUUUUGUACGAAGCAAUAUUUGUAUAAUUUUCCAUUAAAUCUAUGCGAUUUGUAGUUGCUAUCCUCUAGUUCUUGCGUUCAAAAGUAGUAGAAAAUUUAAAAUUUCUUCAAGCAGCAUUUUCACUCAGCGCACUUAAAACUCGUUAAUUGAGAACUACGAGUUUACAAUAGUUUUUUGAAUAUUUAAAGUAAUUAAACGAAAUAAUUUUUAUUUUUCUUGUUACAACAAAAGAAAACUGAAUUUUUUAAAGCUAAAAUGAAUUAAGGCGAAAGUGCAACGCGAAUGUUUUGCUACAUAAAUUGAGCAUUGGAAUUUUUCAUGUGCACCAGUACUUGCUAAAAACAAAAAAAAAAUAAGUUGGUGUGUCACGCUUUCCGUUUAUUUCUAAUUUAGCAUCUCUCCUGAAUUUUUGCACUUGAUUCAUUUUAGUUCUAUAAAGAAAGUAAAAACCUUAACUCUGUAACGGCAUUUUAAAUGUUUACAUUUUAACAAAAUUUUUGUUAUGAAUUAACUGCACACGAAAUUUCCAUAUUCACAACAAUUACUUGAAGUAUUUGAAAAUCAGAACAAUACAACAACAUAUUCCCCCAAAUGCCCUUAAACACAAAUAUCCCAGCACGCAUUAAAAUGCAUAACUCCCCACAGUAUCCUCCACACACUGCAAUAGUACAUUUUGUAUCAAAAUAUUUUUUAUAAAUAGAGAAACUAUAUUUACACAAUUUACAUAACAUUCCCGAACCUUAAUAUCCUACCCAACAUAAAUAGCCUUUAACCCGAACCCCAUACAAUAACACCCAUAUUAACCCCCAAAUAGACCCCAUUACAAUAGACCAAAUAUGCAAUAGCCAGGGAUUUUUUUUAUAAAUAUUAAAAAACACAAAAAAUUUAUAAUUGUUACAGUGGAAUUAUUCCAUACAUACCAUACAUUAUUAAAAA